GAGCUCGGCACACAGACAGGAAUUGCAUCGACGCUGCUCCCCAACGUGAUUCUUGUCUGUCUCUGUAGCAGCUAGCCGGCCUAGUGCUUUCUCAGCUUCCCACAGAGCCACAAUGACUAGCCCCUCCAGGGACUUCAGUAGCCUCAGCAGCAGCUCUCUGACUUCACCAGGAGCUUCUUAUUCCACGAGGCGAGAGCGCUCAUGCUCCCCUUCUUCACGCUUUGAGGCCUGUUGCAACCCCACCAUGGGUGAAACCAGCAAGAAAAGCUUCAGCUCUUCGAGCUUCACUGGAUAUGGCCACCACGCUUACCCAAAAAUUUCCAUCAACAAACGGCUCCUGACUCCGCUACAUCUGGAGAUUGACCCCUCCUUCCAGGAGAUAAGGACCAAGGAGAAAGAGGAGAUGAAGAUACUCAAUAACGAAUUUGCUGCCUUAAUUGGGAAGGUUCAGAGUCUAGAACAGCACAACCAAGUCCUGCUAACCAGAUGGAACUUUUUGAGAGAACAAGACCACUCCCUUUCUGACUUGGACAUCAAACUCCUCUAUGACCAGUACAUGAACAAACUGAGGCUCGAAAUCCGGUCUAUCGAUACGGAGAAAGAACAGCUGGACUCGGAACUUGGCGAAGUGCUGGAUGCCAUGGAUGCCUUUCGGAGCAAAUAUGAGGAAGAAAUAAACAAACGCACUGGGAUGGAAUUCACCUUCACAGCCCUCAAAAAGGAUCUGGACAAUUGCUUCCUGCACAAAACUGAACUGGAAGCGAAACUGAGUGGACUUCAUGCUUGGGUGGAGUUAAUGAAAACUAUCCAGGAGCAGGAACUUGAGGAAGUGAUGUCACAAAUCAAGGACGUCUCGGUCGUGCUGGGCAUUGACAACAACAGAUACAACCCUGAUCCGCACAAGAUUGUGGAGGAUGUGAGAGCUCAAUAUGAAGACCUGGCUCUCCGGAGUUGGGAAGAGUUAGAGGCGCUCACCCGAAGCAAGCUGAAUGAAAGAGAGGUGCUAUCUGCUAAGUAUGGAGACCAUCUCCUUAAUGACCGGAGAAUUAUUGCUGAGUUAAAUAUACAGAUCCAGAAGAUGAGAUCUUGCAUUGUGUCUUUGAAAAGCCAGUGUUUGCGUCUAGAGGAUAACAUCAAAGAGGUUGGAGUACAAGGUGAAAGUGCCCUCAGUGAUGCCAAAGCCAAAUUGGCUAAGUUGGAAGAAGCCCUUCACAAUGCUAGGCAGGACUUGGCUCAGCUGGUUAAGGAGUAUCAAGACCUGAUGAAUAUCAAGCUGGCCUUGGACAUAGAGAUUCUCACCUACAGGACCCUUAUGGAAGGUGAAGAAUUCAGCAUGGACUCUCCACCACCUGCAUUCAUUAGCAGAAUCUACUCCACCCCAAAGCUCUCUUCAUCAAACUCUAGCACUACAACCACCUCAAAUGUGACAACCAGAGUAAAAGAAGAUUCAAGAGAUAAAAUGAGCCACAGCAGAAGCAGUUUAGAAAGUGGACUCUCUAGAAGUCAGAGUGGUGGAAGUAGGAAGGACUCCGGUGGUGAUUUUUCUAGAAGCCACAGUAAUAAAAGUGGAGGCUCAUCAGAGGCUCUUAGAAGUCAUAGCAGUGCACACAGAGGUACCAUGGGAAGUAGUCCUAGCAGUAGAAGUGGAAAUUUUGCAGAUGUUGAAGACACCAUGGAGAACAGCAUUUCUAGAAGACAUGGGAGUGGGAGUCAAAGAAGCCACAGCAGCAGGAGUGGGGAUAACCCAGAAGGCAGCCUUUCUAGAAGUCCUAGUGGUGGACUCAGAGGCAUCUCAGAAGGUAGUCUUUCUAGAAGCCAAAGCAACAGAAGUGGUGGUUUGACUGACAGUGUUUUUGUUAGAACCGACAGUGGUGCAAGUGAUGGUGUCCAAGAGGGCAACUAUUCUAGAAGCCAAAGCUAUAGGAGUGUAGGAUAUUCACCAUCCAAUUUUUCCAGAACGCAAAGUGGAGAAAGCAACAGUGCUCCUAAAACUACUCUUUCUAGAGAUCAUAGUUGUGGAAGCAAAAGUGUUCCAGAAGUGCUGAAAGUGGAGGUGUCCCAGAGGGAACUCUUUCUAGAAGUCACUGUGGUGGAAGCAGAGGCAUCUCUGAAGGUAGUCUUUCCAGAAGCCAAAGCAGCAGAAGUGGAGGAUUUGUACAUGGUGGCCGUUCGAGAGACCACACCUAUGAAAGCAAAGAAAGCCAUGGGGAUGCAAGCAGAAGAAGCAAAAGUGGUGAAUCUGAAGAUGUUCCAGAAGAUGGCCUAUCUAGAAGCCACAGCUCUGAAAGUGAGACGUCUUCACAACGUGGAAUUCACAGAAGCCAGAGUGGUGAGAGGGAAAAUUUGUCAGAUGUUGGCCUCUCUAGAAGCUAUAGUGGCAGAAGUGAAGUGGCCCCAGUGGAUAACCUGUGUAUAA